ACAAUUCAGAGAUUUUUGCAUACGGUACUGGGUACUCGAGUACUCGAGCACUGUACGGUACCUCAGCAGCCAGACAGACGCAACGAGAAGAGAAGAGCCGCCUCACCUCUUUUCCUUGUGCCUCCCUGCUGUUGAACCCCUCAUCCACAACGUCUCUCCUCCCUCUUGUCAGACGCAGCCCCACAACAAUCACUGGUUACUGUCUACUGAAUCACCAUUCCUUUCCUUCAGCUUCUCUUUUGAAAUCGCAUCUAUUUGUUGCUAUCACUACAACAGUCUCCACCCGUUCUUACGCCAAAAAGGCUAGAAAAAUGCCCCCAAAGAGAGCUGUCAAGGAAGAGAAGAUACUUCUUGGGAGGCCUGGAAACAAUCUCAAGAGCGGAAUUGUCGGGCUUGCCAAUGUUGGGAAAUCAACGCUUUUCCAGGCUAUUACCAGAUGCUCGUUAGGAAAUCCCGCCAAUUUUCCUUUUGCUACGAUUGAUCCUGAAGAAGCCCGUGUUAUUGUUCCCGACGAGCGCUAUGAUUGGCUGUGUGAACAUUACAAGCCCAUCUCUAAAGUCCCCGCCAAUCUCACAGUUUACGAUAUCGCCGGUCUGACACGCGGGGCUUCCACUGGCGCUGGGCUUGGCAAUGCGUUCCUUUCGCAUAUCCGUGCUGUUGAUGCCAUCUUCCAGGUUGUCCGUUGUUUCGAUGAUGCCGAGAUUAUCCAUGUCGAAGGAGACGUUGAUCCCGUCCGUGAUCUUCAAAUUAUCAACGACGAGCUUAGAAUAAAGGAUAUUGAGUUUGUUGAGAAAAAUUUGGAGAUUCUGAAGAAGCAGACUGCAAGAGGAGGUCAGAGUCUAGAGAUGAGGAAGCUGAAGGAGGAACAGGCCAUUGUUGAGAGCAUCCUAAGCUGGUUGGUAGAUGAAAAGAAGCCUGUUAUCAAGAAGUCUUGGGGAAACAAGGAGGUUGAAGUAAUCAACAACCUUAUGCUUCUUACAGCAAAGCCUGUCAUCUUCCUCAUUAACCUUUCGGAGAAGGACUACGUUCGACAAAAGAACAAGCAUCUUCCCAAGAUCAAGCAAUGGAUCGAUGAGAACUCUCCUGGGGACCCAAUCAUCCCAAUUUCAGUCUCCUUGGAGGAACGUCUCGCUGGUUUAUCGGAUGAGGAAGCUGCUGAGGAGUGCAAGAGAUUGGGCACCAAGAGUGCCAUUCCUAGGCUUGUAGUGCUCAUGCGCAAUGUCUUGAACCUUAUUAGCUUCUUCACUACCGGACCCGAUGAGGUUCGGCAAUGGAGUAUCCGAAAGGGCACCAAGGCGCCUCAGGCUUCUGGAGUCAUCCAUACAGAUUUCGAAAAGACUUUCAUUCAGGCUGUCGUUUUCAGGUAUUCCGACCUGAAGGAACUUGGCGAUGAAGCGUCAGUCAAGUCUGGAGGAAAGCUGCUCACCAAAGGAAAGGAAUACGUUAUGGAAGAUGGCGAUAUUGUCCUGUUCAAAGCGGGUGCUGCCAAGGGUUAAGUCAUAUCUUCAUGUAUUCGUUCUUGACAGGCGUCAGGUAUGGGGUCAUCCGCAGUCAAGCUAUAGGGUGGGAGAGGGGAAUAAUAAAAACACACUCCUCAAUGGCCUCCGUGCGCCUCUUGCAAUAACGUGAGCUACAAUAUGAAUUCUACGGUGCAUUUA